AUGCCUUAUUCAAGAAGUGGAGGAACGAUGCUGGCAAUCAUCCUAGUUUUAGUUAUAGGUGUACCUAUAUUGAUUAUUCUUACCUCUCUUUUUAUCAUUGUUGUUAUAUACUGCUGUUGCCAAAAAAGCGGAGCAACGGAAGAUGAACUAGCGAAAAGUCUGAUCGAGAACUGCAGGCGAGCGGAGCCACCGCCCGAAGAAGAAGGAAAAUACUUGCCGGAGCCAUUCGAUGCUUCAGCAUUCCAGUUCAAAGGACCACUCAUUAUUGAAUGUCCUAAAUUACACAUUCUUGAGCAUGAUCUUACAAACGCGAAACCAACUGGAAGUAGUGUAAAGGAUCAUGUUCGAUUCGAUGAAAACCUUAAUGUCGCUUACAACAUUGGAGAAAAUGUUGAAAUAGUUAUUAAAAACUGUGGACAAGGGACCAAAAUCGGAAGUACUGAAGUGAUCAAACAAGACGGAGAUGAAGAUGAUGAGGCAAUUAAUGAACAAGAAAACGAUUCCAGACAUUCGAUGACCGAAAACGGAGAAAAAAUAAUAGCAAAAUAUUGCAAAACGCGAAAUACUCAAUCACAAGAGAAAAAAAGUGGAACAAGGGAAGUGUCAGAUCGGAGAAGGAAAUCCAGACCUGUAUCAGUCCAUGUAGAAAAAACACAGCCAAGCAGGUAUUCCGAAUCAUCCACUCAAACUCUCAGGGUUGAGGGCGAAGCCAGUGUUAGGAAUGGGACGGAUGUGCGAGAAUGUAACUCCAGCAUGGAGUAUGAAGUCAGAACAAGAAAGAGUAAAGUGCCGCGGGAAAGAGCUUCAACUAUCUUACUUAAACAAACAGAUCUGGAUCAGGCACCCGCAAGAUCGAAAAAGAUAAUUUUAACCAAGGAACAUGAUGCGUUAUCCAUCGGCGCAAAUAUCAUGCCAACAGUGAGGACGGUGAAAUCCCAACAAAGGGAAGCCGAAGGUACUGAUCCUUCUGCAUCCGAUUCAUCCGGAAGUCAAUACAAGAGUUGCAACACAUCCGAAAGGAUGCGGUUGGAAGAAAAACGGUGA